AUGUUGGGUAUGUAUGUUUACGCUUUAUUUCGGGAAAUUGAUUUUAUUUUCAUACUCCCUUUUAUCUAUUCGACAGAUCAAAAUGUUUCGGCUUCAGAUGGCAAAUUGCGACAAGGUCUUAUCGAUUUUACGGCCGGUUCAUUGGGUGGUGCCCUACAGGUAUAUGUCUCCCAACCCUUAGAUACGGUAAAAGUUAAACAACAAUCAUUCCCCCAAAUGUACAAAAAUAUGGUCGAUUGUUUUGUCAAAACAUAUCGUGCAGAUGGUAUCGUUCGUGGUUUAUAUGCUGGUUCUGUACCAGCUGUAAUUGCAAAUGUUGCCGAAAACUCAGUACUAUUUGCCGCCUAUGGUGGUUGCCAAAAAGUUGUUGCCUAUGGCAUGAACAUAGAAGAGGUGAAAGAUAUGCCAACAGUGGGUCAUGCUUUUGCUGGAUUUUUGGCAGCAUUCUUUUCCACCUUUACCCUGUGUCCAACGGAAUUGGUUAAAUGUAAACUGCAGGCAUUGAGAGAGAUGCAACAACACAAUCCCAAGGGUAGUAAUAAUUUGCCAAUAACACCUUGGAAAUUGACAAAACACAUCAUGGCUACGGAAGGCAUACCCGGCUUCUUCCGAGGCCUAACAUCAACAUUUAUGCGUGAAAUGCCUGGCUAUUUCUUCUUCUUUGGAGGUUAUGAAGGAACCAGAGAACUUCUUAGGAAACCAAAUCAAACCAAAGAAGAAAUUGGCGCCCUGAAAACAAUGUUUGCCGGUGCCGUGGGUGGUGUUACCCUAUGGACUAGCAUCUUCCCAGCUGAUGUUAUUAAAUCACGCAUCCAAGUCAACAAUUUGAAACGUUCUAUGACUUCGGUGGGUUUGGAAAUUAUACGUAAAGAAGGAUUUUUAGCUUUAUACAAUGGUCUGCUGCCGUCGGUGUUGCGAACAAUACCAGCCACUGCCACUCUAUUCCUUGUCUAUGAAUAUACCAAAAAGACUUUAAAUGAAAUAUUGUGACCUUAAA